AUGCUCACGCCACUUGACAAGCAGCAGCGCGUUGAAACUUCUGAAGAGUUUUUAGACUUGUGCAAGGAUAAUUUGGAAGAAAUUUGCACUCGUAUUGUCACCGUUGAUGAAACGUGGAUCCGACAAUAUGACCCAGAAUCAAAACAGGAGUCAAUGCAGUGGAUAGAGAAGGGGGAAAGACCGCCGAAGAAGUUCAAGGUGGAAAUAUCGGCUUCCAAACUCAUGGCCACCAUUUUUUGGGAUUGCGAAGGAGUUUUGCUCAUAGAUUACCUUCCGAAAAAAACUACAAUGAAUGCAGAGUAUUAUGCUCGGCUUUUAAAAAAAGUUCGCGAAGUCAUUGUCGAAAAAAGAAGAGGUAAAAUCAGCAAAGGAAUUUUGUUUUUGCAAGACAACGCGCCGGUUCACACGGCGCGUAUUGCGAGGCAAGCCUUGCGAGAAACUGGCUUCGAUGAAGUAAAUCACCCUCCCUAUAGUCCAGAUCUGGCACCUAGCAAUUAUUUUUUAUUUAAAAAUUUGAAAAAAUAA